UGGUUGCUAGGCAAAUCUCAUGGACACCUACCAUGUCAUCGUACAUGCUAGCCCAUCUAUGUGGUUUGGUGACUGGUGGCCAUAGACCAGGUACCUCCUUCAAGAAUGUCCACUGGAAUGGUUGUGCCGCUGCUAUGAAUGAACAUUUUCAGCGCACCAAUUUGAUUGGAACUCACAUCACAAAUCACACAAGGACGUGGAAAAGGAAGUAUAAGCAGAUAGUGCACCUCAAAUCAUUGAGUGGUGCACUUUGGGAUGAAGAUAACUUUCUUGAUCAUGAGCAUUACACAAACCAUAUUAAGGACCACAAAGAAGAUGAACCCUUCCUGAACAAGCCUAUUAAACAUUAUGAGGAGAUGCUGGUUAUUGUUGGAGCAGGCAUGGCUACGGGGCAAUAUGCAAAAGGCUCAAGUGACCGUUUAGUGACGGAGGUGAUUGAUCUUGAAGAACAGAAAACCAACAAAGCCGCUGCCUCGAAUGAAGAGGUUGCCCAAUCACACACUUGUGAUGAGUCAGCCGCUCCCAAGUUGAAGAAAGCCAAAACUAAUCCUUCUGCAGAAGAUAGGAUGGUUGCAACCAUAAUGGCUUCAAGUGAAAGGAUUGCUGUUGCCAUUGAGAAACUUGCUAGCGACGUCAACCCCGCCAUUGAUGGUCUUUGGGAUGAGAUGAAAGAACUCCCUGGCUUUGAUGUGGAUUCCCUUGCUCAUUACUAUGCCUAUUUGGUUGACAAUCCUCGUGUUGCAAUGGCAUUCAAGGUCCUGGGGGGUGUUCAAAGAAAGGUUUGGGUCUCUAGGUAUGUGUAGAGUACCUUUCCUGAAGCUGAAGCAUGAUGAUCUUAUAUGGGUGUUUAACUUUAUGCUUUUGAUGACAACCAACAAUGGAGCUAUGGGUUGUAUGGACUUGUUCUUUUGAUUACAACCAAAACAUUGAACUAUGCAUGGGUUGUAUAACUAUAUAGAUUUGAUCUACUACUAUAUGGAAUGUCGAACUAUGUGCUCUAUGCACUUGUGUUUUAUAUAUGGAAAUGUUGA